AUAAGAGCGAGAUAACGGCGAGUGUUCACACACAUAUUUCCCUUUGAGCUGCGCUGCAGAUUCGCUGGAAACACAGUUUGGUCCAAGAACACACCUGCAGUCAUGUCUGAAGCUCUGGACAUUGAACGCUGGAACCUGGAGUGCGAGUUCAACAACACCGACCAUCGCACCGAUCUCAACGGUGUGGACCGUCUGAUCCUGAGGAGAGGCCAGGUGUUCUCAAUCAGCCUCUACCUUCGCUCCGGAACCUUCCAACCGGGAGUCAGCUCCCUUGAGUUUGUCGCAGAGACAGGUCCUCAGCCCAAUGAGCAGUAUGGCACCAGGGCCUCCUUUGGUCUGUCUGCCAGCAUUGACACUUCCCGCUGGAGUGCUGCUGUCACCAGCCCCCCCGGAGACAUGGUGGCCUUGUCCCUCUGCGCCGCCCCUGACGCACCUAUCGGCCGCUACACCCUGACCCUGGGGCCAUCAGAGCGGAUUGAGUUCAUCCUGCUCUUUAACCCCUGGUGCCCAGGAGAUGCAGUGUACAUGGAAAAUGAGCAGAGUUUGGAAGAAUACGUCUUAUCUCCGGAUGGAAUCAUCUUUCGAGGCAGCUACAAACAUCCAAUACCUACACCCUGGAACUUUGGCCAGUUUGAAAGUGGAAUCCUGGACACCUGUCUGCGGAUUUUGGAUACGAAUCCUAAAUGUCUGCGAAAUCCUGGCAAAGACUGCUCAGGGAGGAGAAAUCCCAUCUAUGUUUCCAGGGUGCUCAGUGCCAUGGUGAAUUGUAAUGACGACAAAGGGGUGUUGCUGGGAAAAUGGACAGAUGGCUAUGAAGGAGGUGUCAGCCCCCUGUUCUGGAAGGGCAGUGUGGAGAUUCUGCGCAACUGGGACAAACAGGCCUGUCAGCCUGUUCGCUACGGACAGUGCUGGGUGUUCGCAGCUGUGGCCUGCACAAUUUCCAGAGCGCUUGGCAUCCCCUGCCGAGUCGUCACCAACUACCUGUCAGCCCACGACAACAACGGCGACCUGGUGAUUGAACGCUACGUCAAUGAAAACGGUGACCUCCUUAAGUCUAGAGAAAUGAUAUGGAAUUAUCAUUGCUGGGUAGAGAACUGGAUGAGCCGGCCUGAAUUUAAAUCAGAUUUUGACGGCUGGCAGGCCAGUGACCCUACACCUCAGGAGAAAAGUGAAGGAGUGUUCUGCUGCGGCCCAACCCCUGUCAGAGCCAUUAAGGAGGGUGAGCUCACUUUCAAGUACGACGCCCCAUUUGUCUUUGCUGAGGUCAAUGCUGAUGUCGUCAACAUCAUGAAGAAAAAAGACGGCAGCACAUCAAAAGUCACCACAUACACUACAUUUGUGGGCCAGAAAAUCAGCACAAAGAGAGUGGGCAGUGACGACAGAGAGGACGUCACUCAUCUCUACAAGUACCCUGAAGGUUCUGAUGAAGAGCGGGAGGCUUUCAAGAAGGCUAACCACCAGAACAAGCUGCUCCAACAGCAGCAAAAUGAAGGCCUACACAUCGCCAUCAAAGUCACAUCAGACAUGAGAAAGGGCUGCGACUUUGACGUGUUCGCCGUUGUCACAAACAACACGCAAAGCGACAAGAAGUGCCGACUGGUGUUUGGAUCCUGUGCUGUGUCCUACAGCGGACAUAUGGGAAAUAAUUGUGGUUUUAAAGAUCUGCUCAAUGUUGAGCUCUCCCCAGGAGCAGAGAGGCGCGUCCCACUAAGACUGAACUACUCUAAGUACGGUGAGCAACUCACUGAGGACAACUUGAUCCGCCUGGCAGUUCUGUUGAUAGACUUCUCCAACAGUCAGGCAAUGCUGGCUGUGAGGAACAUUGUGCUGGAGAAUCCUGAAAUCAAAGUCAGAAUCCUGGGUGAACCGAAGGAAGGAAGGAAGCUGGCUGCAGAGAUCACCCUCAAAAACCCUCUUCCAGAGGCGCUGGAGAACUGCUGCUUCAGCAUCGAAGGGUCCAACCUGACUUCGGGACAAGUCCUCUCUGAGAGGCUUGGCUCUUCAGUGGGACCUGGGGAGGAUGCCAAGGUGAAAAUAUACUUCACUCCCACCCACUCUGGGCUGAGAAAGCUGGUGGUCGACUUCGACAGCAACAAACUGUGUCACGUCAAGGGCUACAGGAAUGUCAUUAUCGGAAAAAAAUAAAGCCUUUACAGUCCAUGAGAUGGCCGGGCCGGCACUCUUUUGUCAACAGUUACUGCAAGCCUUUAGCCAUCUAAAGAUAUGCAAAUGCAACCUUUUUUGCACAGUUAAAAAAAAAAAAAAAAAGCUUUUCUAUUCAAAUACUUUAUAAUCUCACUGUUUAGUCCAAAAUGCUUAAUGUAUAUUUUUCUGAGCCAGAUAUUUUAGUGACAACACUUUAUGCUCAUUAAGGCUUAUUAAAUCUGUGCAUGCUAAAAUGUUGACAGAAUAUAUACUGUGAUCUGAAUGAAUAGUUAGUCACUUUAGUACUAUGUUUUAUUUUUAUACCUUUUCAUUGCUACAAUUAAAAGAGUUGUUUCACCCUUGCAUCAAA